AUGUCAGAGACCACUAAUACCUCAAAGCCUCGAAAACGGUUUAUAGGAAAAGCCGCAGCAACAAAAAAAAAGCAAGAGGAUGUGGAAACAAGCAAUAUUGAAGAUACUGCGAUAGCAGUUGUAGAUAAAACAAAAAAAUCAAAUCGAAUUGUAAACCAAAUUCCGCUCGAGAUUCUAAAUGAUCCGUUAUUAAGUAAAGCGAUUGAGCAGCUUCCUUCAAAUUAUAAUUUUGAAAUUCACAAGACAGUAUGGCAGAUUCAACGUUCAGGAGCAACAAGAGGUUUGAUUCAAUUUGAAAUUUGGAAA